AUGCCAGUUAUUUUCAGAGAUAUAAGACGGUAUUAUUGUGAUUACUGUGGUAUUUUUAGAUCGAAGAAGUCUCUUAUCACUUCCCAUGUCCUAACCCAUCACAAGAGGCCGUUUAGUUGUUCAGUUGAUGGUUGCCAUGCCAGCUAUAGAAGGAAAGAUCACUUAACUCGCUACCUUCUCCAGCAUGCAUGUAGAGAACUUCAUGAUGAGGGUUCUCCCUCCUAUAUUGUUGGACGUGAGAAGCAGUUAGUUUGCCAGGAACUGGGUUGUGGGAAAGCCUUCAGAUACCCAUCAAAGCUGCAAAAGCACGAAGAUUCUCAUGGUGAAUUGCCUUAG